AUGGCCGGGGCGCUGACUGUGGCCGCUUGGCUACUGACCACAGCGAUGAUCCUGAUUAGCACAGAGGCGGAGGAGGGAACCCGCAUCGUCAACGGGACGGAGUGUCCUCGCCACUCGCAGCCGUGGCAGGCGGCGCUUUUCUUGGGCCAGAGGCUCUACUGUGGGGCUGUCCUGGUGCACAGGCAGUGGCUGCUGACCGCCGCCCACUGCCGGAAGCCUUCGUACUUGGUGCGGCUGGGCCGCCACAGCCUCCAGGGCGUGGAGCUGACAACACAGCUGCGCAAGGGGAUUCUCUCCUUCCCCCACCCCAAAUACUCUCACCCCAAGCACGACAACGAUCUCAUGCUGAUCAAACUGGGGCAGCCGGUCCAGCCGACGGCCAGCGUGAAGCCCAUCAGCCUCUCCUCCUGCUGCCCUCGGGCCGGAGCCCGCUGCCUCGUCUCCGGCUGGGGCACCACCAGCAGCCCUCAAGUCAAUUAUCCGAAGGCCCUGCAGUGCGUGAACCUCACGAUCCUGUCCGAGCAGGCCUGUCAGGCUGCCUACCCGGGGGAGAUCACGGACAGCAUGCUCUGCGCUGGCGACCGAGCUGGCAAAGACUCGUGCCAGGGUGACUCGGGGGGACCCCUGGUCUGUGACGGGACCCUGCAGGGGCUGGUGUCCUGGGGAGACGUUCCUUGCGCCCAGCCCAACCACCCUGGCGUCUAUACCAAACUCUGCCUUUUCACCAAAUGGAUCCAGGAUACAAUCAAAUCUCACUGACCGCCCACAUCCAUCUCUCUGCACUGCACUCUGGGGCGGUCCAGACCCGGAGUCCCUACCCGGGCCCAAGCAUCCUGCAUCCCAGUUCCUGGCUCUCUCACUACGCCUGGUUCCCUCCAGAGGGUCGACCACUGUCUCCCCCAAAGCAAUCCCCUAUCCCCUGUUCCCCCCAUCGUCCGCUGAGGUCACCCCCUCCAGCCACCCCUUUUUUGAGCAUCAGAGAGCAGCAGAGCCAUCUAGUGGAUUGGUCUAGGCCGGGGAAAUGAGGCACCUGGGUUCCUCAGUCUCCCCAGGCUGAAAUGGAGUCCACUUCUCAGUCAAUCGACCAAUGAUAUUUAUUGAAUUCUUAUUGUACUAAGAAUUUGGGAGAGCGCCAUAGACCUGGUGAACACCAUCCCUCCAGUCGAGGAGCUUCCGCCCAGGAAAGAUUUUCCAACAGUCGGCACUUCCCAGGUCUCUGAGCCCCUCGCAGUAUAGACCCUUACGGGAAAUAAGGCCGAUUUGGCCAAGAGAGCUGGGAGGUGGGGUGGUAAUGGUGCUCCUCGCUUCUGCCUACCACCGGCUCUGGUGGUUCCUGGCACAGGUUUAAUUUAAUCAACAAAAUCAAAGAUAGCCCCCACCCUUCCCCCAAACAUCGCUUGAGAAAGUUCUGUUAUUUAUAUUUUAUAAAAAUUUUAAAUUCCAGAGAGGAAAACAUUUCUGCGUUAAAAAAUAAAUAGUUGACGUAGACAGUCUUAUAAGGUUUU